GGUGUGGAGCCAGUUAUUAUCAUAAAUAUUUCCUUAUCGCUCACCACAUGCUGACUGCCUGAGCCUGAAACGUUUGUUUUAAAUUGGCACACCACACGCCGUACCCAACACUUCUACACUAUAGUGUAAACACUUAGUUUUUAAAACGAACAAAGCUAAUUAGCGGAGCUCAACGUGUUAAUUGGCCAGAACGAGACGUAACAUGUCGUAUGAAAUCUAUUCGUUAUCAGAUUAACUUCGAUCAAACAAUUAUCAAAAUAAUAUUUAUCAGUGUUAUGAAAAAUUUUAUGAAAAAUCCUUCGUUUGUGAAAUUAAUAGCAUUAAUGAUAAAUAAUAGUGGAUAGUACUGAUAGUAGUCAUCGUAUAGUAUCAGUAGUUGUAUACGUUUUGUCCAUGCUAAUCACGAUCACAUUAGAAUAAUAAGUAAUAACACCUCCAAGGUUCCAAAUUUAGCACGAUAGAAAUCUGAAAUCGAUUACUUCUAUCGCGCACUUAAAUUAAUCGUAAACAUUUUCAAGCUUGCGAUUYGACCAAAUUUUGUUAUCGUUUCUUCAUAGUCUGCUAGCGUAUUAUUGAAACACCACUGGUGCACAAGAUAUGUUGCAAACUGACGUUUCAGAUGGCUGCACCAACGUCUGUGUAGAUGAUUCCGAGUUCAAUGUCUCGUUCGUUUUGCUGCGGAAUAUUUAAUAUUUAAAAACUGUAUAUAAUUAUUCAGUUAACCGUUUUAAUUUUAAUUAUGGAUGAUGAUAACUGUCUUCAACUGAAUGAUGAUCCAAUUCAGUUUGUUCCUGCAAGUGUAAGCAAAACAACAAAUGUGUUUUACGAUGAAAUUACUGGACAGAUAAUUACUGUUCAUUCUGGUGAGCUGACUGAAAUAAUUGUGACAUCAAGUAAUCGUUAUAGAGAAAAUAUGGUAUUUAAAAUUGAAGAUCGGGGACCAGUGUCGUCAAUAAAAAUGUCCCUGGACUGUAAAAUAUUAACAAUGAUGAGAACAGCUUUAUCUGUGGAAUUAAUGGAUAUUAAAGAAAAUACAUUACAAAGUCCUUAUUUUUUGUACUGUAAAUUMAAAGGUGCCAAAUUGUUGGGCUUUAUUUGGACUAGUAACAAUGAAAUACUAUUAAUUAGUGAUAAAGGUGUAGAAUUAUACCAGGUUGAAGGCCAACCUAAGCAACGUAUAUUAUUUUCAAAAUCCAUAAAUUUGCAUGUAAAUUGGUUUAUUUACUCUAAUCACUCAAAAAUAUUACUGCUGUCUAUGAAUUCUUUUGGAGAUUUUCAACCCCUCCACAUUUUAMCUGGAAAUAUUAACAAACUGACAAAAUUAGAAAUUGAUUUAGAUAUUUCUCUUAAUAUACCAAAUCAAUCAAUUAGUGAACGAAAUAUUGUAAUGACAACUGUAUACAACAUACUCAGGAUAUUAGUUUUACCAACAAGUCAUAGUCGUAAUGAAAUAAUAAUUUAUUCGUUAAACAAAAUGAUGACGUUUAAAAAAUCACAUAUUCUACGAUUAACACACAWUGGUAAAUUAUUGAUUAAUGUAGUUGAUAAUUUGAUUGUCGUUCAUUACCAACACACAAAGUCUUCUUCUGUAUUUGACAUAUAUAUGGAAGCUGCAAAAGAGCAUACGGUAUCACAUUAUUUACCUAUCUUAGAUAAUCUAUCAAUUAAAAGAACAGUUCAAAGAGAAGGAGGAGCAUAUUACAUUUCUCAUCUAUAUUCAAGUAUUUGCAUUUCGUUUCAACCCAACAUAAUAAUAGAUGCAAAAUUAGGUUAUCUAUGGCAUUUCAAACUAAACUUAUCRGCUGUAUCCAAAGUAAUUAUGGAUAAAUGUUCUCUUAUUGAUUUUCUUCUUUUACGUCCAAACUCAAAAGAUAUCACUUUGGAGGCUUGUUUAUUAUUAUCUUUGGAAUCACUUUAUUCACCAGCUUAUCAGAUGGCUCUUGACAUGUUACAUAGAUUGAAUACAGCUCAUGAAGAGAUUGUUGAAGUUUUGCUUUCCAAGAAACAAGUCAUCCCAUCUAUGAGAUAUAUGUCACAACACAAUAUGCUAGAUCAUUCUACUUAUAGRAAAUUGACCGAAAUCGCAAUGUCAACUGAUAAUUCAAAAAUAUUGCAUUCUACUAAAGAAGAAUUUAUACAAAGAAAAGUAACCUCAAAUGAUGAACUUGACACAAAUACCAAAGGAUAGUUUUAAAAUWAGUUUAAUAAAAUAUUUAAGCAAUAUGACUAUUAUUUAACAAUGUAUUAAAAUUUAAAUACU